GUAUCAAGUCAUUUGUUUCGGCGAUCGCAAUUAUGGCGGAAUGCGGCAGAAUUUCUACUGUGAUAACUUUCAUGUUGAUGUGCACUUGGAGUUUUCCUUCAACUGCUGAAUCUUAUUUUCAAGAAAUUCCGACCGAAACUUGGGGUUACGUGGAAGUGCGAGAAAAUGCACAUAUGUUUUGGUGGCUCUACGGAGCUCAAACGAGCAACUCUUCUGAAAGAGUGAACAAGCCACUUAUCAUGUGGCUUCAAGGAGGACCAGGCGGUUCCUCAACAGGGUUUGGAAAUUUCGAAGAGCUUGGUCCACUCACAGUGGAGCUGAAACCUCGCGACACUACUUGGAUUCAGGCUGCAAAUGUUUUAUUCGUCGAUAAUCCUGUUGGCUCAGGGUUUAGUUACGUCACCCAACCAAGUGCUUACACCACGAAUGUGACUGGUAUUGCAAAUGACCUUGUUACUCUUUUUAGAGCCUUCCUGGAAAAACAACCUGUUUUCCAGCAAAUGCCAUUUUAUAUCUUUUGUGAAUCCUAUGGAGGCAAGAUGACAUCUGCCUUUGGCGUGGCCCUAUAUCAAGCUAUCCAAAGUGGAAGUGUGAAGUGUGACUUUAGAGGGGUUGCUCUGGGUGAUUCUUGGAUUUCGCCUGUGGAUUCUGUGUUGACCUGGGGACCUUACCUUUAUGCUGUAAACCUACUUGAUGGAAAAGAUCUGGCAUCUGUCAAUCAAGCUGCCCAGUCUACAGCUGAAGCUGUUGCUAAGGGUGAAUAUACAAAGGCCACUCAACUCUGGGACCAGACUGAACAAAUCAUUUCAGCCACAACAGAUGAUGUUGAUGUUUACAAUAUCCUGAUACACCAUGCCCCACCUUUUCCAAAGUUUCAAUCUCUAGGAAGCGAUUUCUUAGAUCGCUUGUAUGCUCAGCAUGUGGGUCCCCUUUACACUGACCCUCUGACAGAACUCAUGAAUGGCCCAAUCAGGAAGAAGCUGGGUAUAAUACCAUCCAAUGUCACCUGGGGUGGGCAGUCAGGUGAAGUGUUUGUGUACCAGACUGAAGAUUUCAUGAAACCAGUCAUAGGUGAUGUUAGCAAACUUUUGAAUUACGGUAUAAAGGUUGUUGUUUAUCAAGGCCAGUUGGACAUGAUUUGCGACACCCUUGGAGCAGAGGAGUGGAUCAAGAAACUUGACUGGGAUGAUUUACCACAAUUUUUGAACACCAACCGAGAGCCACUAUAUACCCCCUCAGGUAAGACAGACAGAGAUACAGCAGCAUUUUACAAAGCGUACAAGAACUUAGAGCUUUACUACAUAAUGAAAGCUGGUCACAUGGUGCCAUCAGAUAACGGAGAGAUGGCUUUGGAGAUGGUGAAAAGAGUCAUCAAUGAAGAAUACUAACUAAUUAAAAUACAUUUGUCUAGUCAGGUUAAAACCAUUACCUUAACUGUCAAUUUUAGGUCCAGUAUUUUCAGCUAAAGUAAUAUGUUUUCUCAGAAGACAGAAUUUCUCCUUACAAAAUCAGUACAAUAUCAAGCAGACAAGUGAUGAGAAUAAAGAAAAAUAUCAGUUAGAGGAUUAUUAGUUGAUCCAGUGCUAAAUUCUCAAAACUAACAUCUUAAGAACUGUAUGGCAGACAGUAAGGAGAAUUACUAAAUGAGAUCUUGGGAGUUAAAGGGUUAACCCCCUAAGAGUGAUUAGUAUCUAAUUUCUCUCAACAGUAUCACCUCUGAAUUACACAUUAAGGUCAUGAGAAUAAAGGAAAUGAUCCCCAAAUAAAGAAGCUCUUGAUUGUUAGAUGAAUUCUCCUUGUCAGCACCUUAGGAAAUGUAAAGAGAACAGUAUGGAGAAUAUGCAUACUGACUUUAGGGUGUAAAGGGUUUAUGAAAAGGGCUUCAUGCACAAUCAAGGUUUUCAUAAAGA